ACUCAGGUUCUUAGUGUUAUAUUGGGGUGGUUAUAGGCAAUGAAAGAUUUGGACUAGGCCUUGUGUGAUGUUAUCAAUUCGAUUCCCGAGCUCAACCGGGUUUUGUCCCACCGUGUGUUUUGCCAAAGAGUUCUGCUCGUAUGGUGGCAUAACGAUUGUCAAGUGGCAGCCGACGAUAUGAUUUCCCAAAAAAACGCCCAAAAAAAGCCAAACUUCGAAGCGAACAUGUGCUUGACCAGAGUAGGCAAUAAGAAGCUCUUCGAUUUAAAAAGUAAAGUUCACCUCUCACAGCUUGCAACAGUUUCUUGCUGAUUUUUAUCACCAAAUCCCUACAUAUAUAUCUACAGUGCACUACUACCUCUGUUCUAUUCAUCUUCUCCGUAAUUUCUUGCUGAUUGUGUCCAACGAAUCCCUACAUUCAUCCGCCUUCAUAAAAUGUAACCCUAAAUCUCCCACCCCGCCUUGAUUCAUUUCUCGGCGAAACACUCAAUUUGAACUCAAACAUGACGACACACUCACUAUUAUCAACUCAGCUCAACAACCUCACUAUCUCCACAUCAACAACCGAUCAAGAUUUCGACUUUGCCGAUGUAUUCGGCCACACCUCAUCCUCUUCAACAAACCCUAAUCCCAAUUUGUUCAUUGGCGACCCACAAAUCAUCCACAACCGUUCCCACUCCUUCAUAGGCCCUUCUCCUCGUUACACUCUAUCUACAUCCCUCCCAUUUCACCAAGAAUUCGGCCCCGAAAGCUCGGAAGAAGACGACGAAGAGUUAAUCGAAUCGAUUGGAGUCGAAAAGGUUGAAGAGAAGGGGGGAUUAGUGGGUUGUAAGAUUGGGCCUGGGGAUUUUGAGAUUAUGAGGGUGAUUGGAAAAGGGUCUUUUGGGAAGGUGUUUCAGGUUAGAAGGAAGGGUGAAAGUGUAAUUGGGGAUGGGAUAUUUGCUAUGAAAGUGAUGAGAAAGGAUACUAUUAUAAAGAAUAAUCAUGUGGAUUAUAUGAAGGCUGAAAGGGAUAUACUUACUAAAGUUGUUCAUCCGUUUAUCGUGCAGCUUCGUUAUUCGUUUCAGACAAAAACUAAGUUGUAUUUGAUCCUGGAUUUCAUUAAUGGAGGCCAUCUUUUCUUUCACCUAUACAGACAAGGGAUCUUCAGUGAGGAUCAAGCAAGGGUUUAUACGGCUGAGAUUGUAUCUGCGGUUUCACAUCUUCACGAGAGAGGAAUCGUGCAUCGAGAUCUUAAACCUGAAAACAUACUCAUGGAUGCCGAUGGGCAUGUUAUGCUAACCGAUUUUGGUCUAGCAAAGGAGAUCGAUGAAUCAAGCCGAUCAAAUUCAAUGUGUGGGACCACUGAAUACAUGGCUCCCGAAAUUUUACUAGCGAAAGGCCAUAAUAAAAAUGCAGACUGGUGGAGUGUUGGAAUACUCUUGUAUGAAAUGCUAACUGGGAAGCCACCAUACACACAUUCCAACAGAAAGAAACUUCAAGAAAAGAUAAUCAAUGAAAAAGUGAAGCUGCUACCGCGGUUAAGUGGUGAAGCUCACUCUUUGCUAAAAGGGUUGUUGCAAAAGGAUCCGUCGAUAAGGCUUGGAAGCGGGCCUCAGGGUGGUGAUGAUAUCAAAAAUCAUAAAUGGUUUCGAACAAUAAACUGGAAGAAAUUAGAGUCUAGAGAAUUGCAGCCGAAGUUCAAGCCAGAUGUUAGUGGUGAAGACUGCACUGAAAAUUUUGACAAAUGUUGGACUGCGAUGCCUUUAGAUGACUCGCCAGCUCCUACACCGACAUCCGGUGAGCAUUUUCAUGGUUAUACUUAUGUGGCACCUAACCAUUGGCUUACGUCUCCUUAAUAGCUCGGUUGAAGAUGUGAUUCUGCUCAUAAUUUGUCGAUUUUGCCCUCCUUUUGACUUAGAUUCAACAUGCUGUUUUGACUUAAAAUUGUUUGAUUUUUCUACUGGUUUUCUUAUACCCAAAGAGUGUUUCUAGAAUCAUUCAAUUUUUAUGUUUCAGUUUACUUUUAUUUUGGUUAUUUAAACAUCGGUUUGUCUGGGUUCUUGUAAUCUUGUAUUAAUAAUAUAGGAACCAUUUUAUUCA